CGACAUCUGGGGAGCGGUUAACGAUGGUACUGGGGAUCUGCCGAUACUUGCAUUGAGUUGUUUGUGGCUAUUGUUUGAUGUUAAGAAGUUUGUUAGCUUGAUGCUGGUGAGUGAAUAUUUAACCCGUAAGGUAGAAGAAACGGCCCUUUGUACCAGACACUUUGACGACUAUCGGCUGCAGAAUACUCGCGCGGCAAAGCAGAUUCAAAAGUUCCUGCUAAAAAACCUUCACCAGAAGAAAAAAUUCUCCGCUUGUGGGUUCUUCGAUAUCGAUAAUACCGUCAUCUACAUGGUAUUCAGCUCCAUCGUGACGUACCUCGUAAUACUGAUACAAUUCAAACAGCUAGAAACCGACCUAACACAGUCCCAGGGCAACUAUAAUGGUACGAGCAACGUGACGAAUUAUGACAAUUAGUGUAGUCGUGGUAUCUUAAGGAACUUCAUACUGUGGUACACUAUUAGUUAGCUAGGGCGUUGUUGUUUUCUUUUCAUUGGAGUCAGUAAAUUAUUUGAACACCGCAAACAUAUACUGCUGUGAGCAACUCGAUUCAGCAGACAAAAAGUUUAAUUCCUAAUAUAUGACACUCUUUCCAAUGGCACAACAUUGUAAUGAUCUUAUAUUAAAAAAAUCGUAUUGUAUUACAUUUACUUUGCUUCAUGACGAACGUAACAAAUAAUAAAUACCGAUUGGCCAUUUAAAGUAUCUCGCAGCAGAUUACAUAGGUAAAUAGCAAAAUAGUUCUUCAAUAUUAUAUCCUAAAUAAGGCUGGCUAUCACAAGGCAGGACCGGGGUUCAUAUCUCAUCUGGGUCAUUCGCUCAUAGUAAACCAGAACUGGGCGGCAUUAUCUAAAGAGGUCUUUAGGCCAAUAAAGAAGAAGAUGGAGGCUUGCUCUAAAGCCGCAGUCAUCUCAAGUCAUCAAGUACCACCAAAUAUACUCAUAUGUUGUUCUUGUUUGAGAACCAAAAUGUAUAAUUCUGCUAAAAAUCAAUUUUAUUGUGUCUACUAAUUGUAUGCAUCUUUUAUAAAGUGUUUCAAUCAAUGGAAACAUUGAAACCUUGUGUUUUUCUCCGAUUUAAUGUAAGUAAUUGUUAGCAUUUCGGCAUUGACUAUACACAAACAGUAUCUCAAUGACUAAUAUUCAAACAAAGUAUAGAAGAAUAGCUAACCUCCACUUCGGAUAUCGCGGAUAUCGUAUCCCUUCUGGCUUGUCAACACGUAAGCAGGACUAACCAUCUAACUACUGGUAACAUCAGGACAAGAAAGUCAGAAAUAACAGUCGGACACCAGUCGAGGUCAUAGUAUCAAAGAAAAAGAAAUAGACUUUUCUAUACUACAAUAAUCUUAUUGAAAUUUUGUAUCUACAAAGUUGCUUCAAUAAAAUUUUCCU